AGUAGGUAUAGUACAAAUAUACAAGCAGGUAUUCAAAUUUAAUAACAAAUAAUUAUACUUAAAAUACUAUAACAGGAUUAAUUCAAAUAACUAAAUUCAAGUAGCUUUUUAUUUGAAUUUAGUAUUUUGCAUACCCAAGAUUUGUUUUAUGAUUUUUUUAAUUGAAAUUAUGAAUUUAAAAAAAUAAUUUCAAUUUCAACUACACUAAUUACUUUGACAGGUUGAUGAAUAGGUAACGAUAAAGGCAAAAUAACAAUAAAGAUCAUCUUCAGUGUCACUAAAUAGGAUGAAUUAUUGGCACCUUUCAUAAAAAUGAGCAAAAAAUUUUUAGCAGACAAUACUACCACCUAUUUCUUGAAUGGAACAGUUGCAUUAUUGUGCAAUAUUUAUUUUAUACAGUUAAUGUUGUUUUUUAUUUUCCACUCAAACAGUAGGUGAAAUUGUUUCACAUAUAAAUUGUCAUAAAUUGUCAUUCUUUAAAACAUUUUUAAUUUGCUCACAGUCCCCAGGUAACUGUUACCAAUAAUCAUGUCAUGUUCCCCUGAAGUAUAAAAAUGAGGUUACAUGUAAAAUAUAAAAUCCCUUUGUCAUCAUUUACCAUGGGGGAAAAACCAAAGAAUUUAGCACAAAAGAGACUGGCCAAGAUUGACCUGCGCAAAUUAGGUAGUGGAUAUAAAAUUGCUUAUACAGUUAGUGUCGCGAUGUGAGUCCGUGGAGGCGGAUACAAAUGCAGAACUUCUUUUAUUGCAGACAGACACAGGGAAACUGAAAUCAGGGGAAAGACACAAAAGGAACCAGCAUUAUCAGAAACUUGGUAAUUAGAAAAUAAACCCUAAGGUAAAAAAGUACGAAAUAAUCAAAACAGUGCAUAAACAAAAGAAAUAAGGGAACCAAAUACAAAAUGUGACCUGACCUUACUCCAGCAACUAAGGAAGAAAAACGGGCGGUUUAAAUAGGGUACUAAUCAAUCAGGGAAAAUGGAAAAACACGAGUAUGGUUGAGACAGGAAAUGUAAGGAGACAACUGAGGAAGAAGUUCUGCAAGGACAGCCAGGGUGGAAUUGCCCCCGGGGGCCAUUACGGUUAGGAAUGUAUUUUGUACAAUUAGGACCAUAACAAAAAGUUUUAUGUUUAAAAUGGUUAGAAAUAUCCCAGGAACUACACCCAUAAGCACACUGUCGUGAUUAGGUGUGUACCAAUGUGUUCUUUUAAAAGAAAACUAAUCAAUGCAACAAUCAUAAAUCAAUCAUACAAACAACUGAUGUGUAAAUAAUUUGAUAGCACAGUGAUUUGCCCAUAACUUGAUUCUUGAUACAGAGUGACUUCAUCAUUCACUCACAUAAUGAUGGGAGGCUAAUAAAUUGAAUUGUAUCAGUAGCAGAUUCAGUGAUAUCGUCAAAUAUUGAAUCAUUGCCUUAUGAAUCAAAAUCAUCUUGUGUGGAAGCCUAAGGUUUACACCCAGUGAGGAGGUUGGUGAAGGAGGGAAGAGAGAGACCAAAGAUCACAUAAUGCAGUGCCUAAAGGUCACCAAGCAUCAUUAGAACUGCAGUUGGAAUUAUGUUGUGGUCAGAUGAGACCAAAAUCAAAGUAUUUGGUCAUGCACACCAUCAGAAUAUUUGGUGACAAAACAGGACUGUAUAAGGAAAUUAUAGAAAUAAUUGCCAAUAAUUCUAAAACCAGUGUCUAGUAGAAAAAAAAAGUGAUUUUAAAUCACUUAUUGCAUGUUGUUAUUGUUUAUUGCUCAUUUUAAUGAAGGGCAACUCUUAAGUUGACAACAGUUUAGGUUUUGUAUAAGAAUAUAUAAUAUGUUAGUAUAUAAUGAUACAAUAUACAUUAUAAACCUACCAUCGUUUCUUUUUUUUUUUUUAAUGUUGCCUGCUCAUUAGGUUUAUUACCUUGUAACUACAUUUAUAGGCCAUUGUUUCCAGGUAUACUGUACCUACAAAGUGCACUUAUGGUAGAUAGACAACUACUAAGUGUAGCCUAUCUGUUGCUAUGCACAGUUUUUCAGCGCCCCUCUACCAUGUCCACCUCUGGGAGGAGAUCACCAUCUUCCUGCUCAAUCCCUUCCCUUAACACAACUUUCACCUGUCCAAGGUGGACAUUAUAAGGAUGCAGAAGGCAAAAGAUAUGGAAUGGACACAGAGGAGUGGAGUCAGUGGCAGAAUGAGUUUCGUGGGCAGAUCCGGGCACUGCGCCACUGGCUGAAGAGCAUGGAGAUGAGACUGCCUCCUGUGGAUCCUGCAGUAGCUGAAGUGACUCCUGCAUGCAUGGCCCAGGGGCCCUCUUGCCUCACGACUUACUCACCUGUAGGCUGAAGGAUCAUGGGUAACCUCAUAAGUAGACCUAGUUGCCUGGGUCAGAAGUCCAAGCAAGUAAGGACAAAUGAGGCCUUCUUCAAAGAAUGCUACCAGCGCCAGAGGGAAUGGCCUGUCCCAGAGCCUCCUAAGGAGGAGAGGAAAAUAGAGGAUGUGGACCAAAUCUCCCCACAGGCUCCCACACCAGAAAAAAACAGGAGCUCACCUGCUCCUACUGUCACAACCACCAGCACUUUGGAUAAUGCCUGGAGAAACACACCUUCCCCAGCCAAAACACUAUACAAUGGGUCUUUGCCCAGGAAGACCAAUGUUCAGGAGUACAGGAGAUCACCUCUGGGUCAAUGUGGAACAGCAGAGACUAGAGGCACCCUGCAGAGACGAGACUCUGGAAGCCCAUGGUCAUGGAAAACUCUGAGCACCCGAGAAGUCACUGAAGUCACCGAAGUGACCGAAACUAUCGUGACGGAAAUUGUGGAGGUGACAGAAUAUCCACAAGGACAGAAAGGCGGAGAUCCUAUUAUUACCAGGACGGUUAGGGUCCUUACAGGAGCAGCUGAGGAAUUAGCAGAGCUUCAAAGUAAUGGAAAGUCCAGGUUGGAGAAGGAAUUAAGUCUGGAUAGAUGGAAGAGUACCAGGAGUACUUUGGCUCUGACAGAUGGAUUUGGGGAUCCUGAAAUGUUUAAGCAAAAUCUGCAGAAAUUAUUAACCUGGGUUUGUGAGAUUGAAGAGCUCAUGGCAAAUCAAAAACCUCCCUCAUCGGAAUUUAAUGUAGUGAAAGCUCAGCUUCAAGAACAGAAGCUUCUGCAGCGUCUUCUAGAGGAUAGGAGGUCUAGCAUGGAAACUAUGAUGCAGGAAGGCCCACAUUUAGCAGAGGAGCUUCAGGAGGAAGAGAGGGAUGAAGCCAAACUCCAACUUCCCCAACUCAAGCUGAAGUGGGAAGCUCUUCUUUUAGGAGCUAAUAGGAGGAGACAGAGUUUGGAGCUCAUUUUGCCCCAGGCUCAGCUCUUUCAGGAGAGAAUAGACAGUCUUCAUCAAUGGCUAAUAUCCAUGGAGCAGGACUUGGCGGAGCUCCGUUCUGCAGAGAGAGCAAUGCUUCAUUUACAGGAAGCCACUGAUCAAGCCAAGGCUGUCAUGGAGGAAAUAAAAGCAAAGAGUGCUGACUUAGGAAAACUUCAGCAGUGCUGUCAUGAUUUCAUUGAGAUAGUCUCAGAGGAGGAGUUUCAGCUGGUUCAAGAGAAGGCAGAUAGCUUGCGGAUCCGGUACUCAGUGCUCAGUUUGGGCAGUGCUGAUGUGCUGCAGAGGCUGGAGCAUGCACUGGAGGCUUCUAGCCGAUGCACCUCCAGUCAGGAAGACCUCCACCUGUGGCUGGGCCGCAUCGAGAGGGAACUUCUGGGGACAGCUCAGACUGGAGAUGCAGUGCUGUGUGCUGCUGAGAGAGAGAGGUUGGAACAAGCAGUUGAAAAAGAAUUGGCCUGGUUUCGAGCUACAACCCAGGGACUGGAGAACCUCAGAGUCAUCAUCCUGGACCCUGAUGUCAUUGCUACCCAGCUCUAUGAACAGAAAAUUCUCUCAGUGGAGAUUCUUCAGCACAGGUUUAACAUAGAGAAAAUGGUGAAGGUUUCUGAACUCUUACAGGCAUAUAGUGAGAGUGAGGAUAUGGGAAGCCUCCAGACGGGUCUGGAUACUCUGGAGGAGCAAUGUCAGAUAACCACUGGCACUAAUUCCCAUGUGGUGUUACAAUUGGAGCAUGCGCAAUCUCUCUUGUCCCAGUUCUCAGAGGGCUAUGCCGAGGUGGUGCCAUGGUUACAGGAAACCAAAACCCUUACUGACCGGCUUGCUUUGAACACCAUCAGUUACGAGGCAUUCAGAGAACAACAGGAGCUCUUACAGAGCCUAAGGGAGUCUGUAGCUGAACACAAGCCUUUAAUAUUCCGAUUAGGAAUGCUGGCCAAACGUCUGUCAGACCUGAGUCCUGACCAGGCACAGCAGUACUGCCAGAAAGUGACAGAGGCUGAGGAGCAAUACCAAACCAUCAGAGAUAGAGUCCGAGAGGCUGCUGGAGUCCUUGAGGAGUCUCUGCCACGGUAUACGCAGCUGAAUGAGAGGAUGAUUCUGAUAGGGGAAAGCAUCGAGCAUCUGUACAACCACAUGCAGACCACAGUGAUUCUUCAGGGCCACACUCCACGCAUUCAGGAACAACUGAAGGACAACAAGAACAUUCUGGCUGAGCUCUCCAAGCUGGAGCUGAGCCUGAACAGUGUGAGGACUCAAGCUGAGGAGCUGCUGACAAACACACAAGCAGUGGCAGGCAGCUCCAUAGGCUCAGCUAUCCAGGAGCAGGUGAGCAGCCUGACCAGCCAGUGGGAGGAGACUCAAAGGCAGUGUCAGGAGAGGGAGAAGUGGCUUCUUCACCUGCUUGAUUUGGCUACAAGGUUCUGGAAUUAUGUAAGCAGCAUGACCAUUGGGUUGAAUGAUGCCCAACAAAUAAUGCUAGACCUCAACUCAAGCAGAACAGACUCCGAAACCAUCCAGCAGAGCCUGGUCACAAUGCAGACACUGAGAGAGGACAUUGAUGGACUGCAAGGAGAACUAGACACACUUGGGGUUUUGGGAAUGGAGCUAAUGUCUGCAUGUGGAGACACGGACAAGCCAGAUGUCACAAAAAGCUUAGAUGAGCUCUACUGCACAUGGAACAAUCUAAAUAAGAUCUGGACUGAGUGCCACAAUAAGUUAGAAGAAUCUCUACAGUUGGCGCUGAAUUAUCAGGACACCCUGCAGGGGCUAUUUGAGUGGCUCAAGUCAGCAGAACUGAAAUCCACUGAAGAGUUCUUAGUGGGAUCUGAUCUUGGAUCUGUCAAAGAGCAGUUGUGUGGUCUGAAGGAGUUCAAGCGGGAAUUAUACCAGAAAAAGAUUGAGGUUGAGAGUUUGAACCAUCGUUUUGUGGGUCGUCUCUCUCCGGGGUCUGUGCGGCCUGGGUCUGCCUCACCGUUGAGUGAUUUUCGUCAACGCUGGGACAGCCUGGAGUCAGAGACUGUCAACCGACAACACCAGUUGGAGUGUGCACUGCUGGGAUUGGGCCAGUUCCAGAAUAAUUUUGAUGAGCUGCAUGCCUGGAUCUCCCACACUGCUGAACUGCUGCAGGCAUCUCGGCCCAUCAGCAUUGACCUACAGACCUGUGAAAUAGAGCUGGCCAAGCACAAGGUGCUGCGCAAUGAUGUGAUGUCACAUGUACACACUGUGGAGUCUCUGAACCAGGCAGGAAGGAUCCUGCUGGAGGGCACAGGAGGAGAGAGUCCUCAGGGUCUGCAGCAUCACCUGGAGCAACUGAACGAGUGCUGGGAGUUUGUACGCUCUGAGACAGAGCGCAGGCAACUGGAGCUGGAGAAUUACCUCAGUCAAGUUCAAGAUGUAACAAUGGAAAUCCAGGAUCUUCUGCAGUGGCUGGAGUACACAGACUUGAAACUAUCCUCCAGUAAAACUGUAUGGGGAAUGCCAGACUCUGCCAGUGAGAGACUCAGUAGUCAUUUGGAGCUGUGUAAUGAGAUGGACUCUAAACUGCAUUCCUACACAAAUAUCCGUAACGCUGUCCACAGGAUGCUGGAGGGAAGCAACGUGGCCCGUGGCUCCAACACUGAGCACAGCUUAAGCAUCCUGGAGCAGAAGUGGAACACUGUCUAUACAAAAAUGCAAGACCGCAAGGCUAAGUUAACAGAAGGACUUGGUCUAGCAAAGGAGUUUAACAGCAAUGUCCAAGAUCUGCUGACCAAAAUGGCAAAGUGUAAAGAGGUCAUUAGUGCCCUGCCUACUCCCAGCUUCAUCCUCGACACCAUCAGCACCCAGCUUCAGGAACACAAGAUGUUGGUGAAUGAAGUCCAGUCAUACGGGGAGAAGAAGACUUGUGUGGAGAAUUCAGCCUCACAGCUGUUGGAGCUUAGCAGGAAAGAGGACUGUGAUGUGGUACAGAAUCUGCUGAUAACAGUGCAAGACCGCUACAGGAAGCUCAACCAGCACACCGCAGACAGGGGGAAGACUCUGGAGGAUGUUAAGAAACAAGCUAAACAGUUCAGUGAGUCCUGGCAGCUGCUGAUGGACUGGAUGACUGAAGUUGAACAGACUCUGGACACACAUAAGGAGAUCGCUGUGUCACAUGAAGAGAUAAAACAGCAGCUCACUGAGCAGAAGGAAUUCCAUAAACUCUUUCGCUCCAAGAGGCCAAUGUACGAGGCCUGCUUGAAGCGUGGUCGCACCCUCUUAGAAAAGACUCAGAAUCCUUUAGACACCCAGCAUCUUGAGAAUAUGGUGUCUGAGCUCAGAGACUCAUGGGAUACUGUCAGUGGAAAGUCUAUGGAGAGGCAACAUAAAUUGGAGGAGGCUUUGCUGUUUUCCGGAAGGUUCAGCGAUGCUCUCCAGGCACUAAAUGACUGGCUGUACAGGGCAGAGCCACAGGUUGCUGAAGAUGUGCCUGUUGGUGGCGAGAAGGACUUGGUUAAUAAUUUAACUGACAAGCACAAGGUGUUCCAGAAAGAGCUGGGGAAGCGUGCUGGUUGUAUUCGCACCCUGAAGCGUUCGGUGAGAGAUCUGACCCGUGGAAGCACUGCUGAUGCCCACUGGCUGCAGGAGCAGAUGGAGGAUUUGGAGGUCCGCUGGGAGGCUGUGUGUAAACUCUCAGUGUCCAGACAGACCAGACUGGAGGCAGCACUACGACAGGCAGAGGAGUUUGACAGAAUGGUCCACUCAUUCCUUGAUCAACUUGUUGACAUUGAGAGGGUUUUGAAAUAUGGUGCAUUACCUGAAGAAGAAAAGUCUCUCCGAACCUUUCUCACACAGCACAAGGAGUCAGUGAGUUCUUUAAGUAGUCAUCAAGUGGCACUGGAAUGCAUACAAACCUUAGGUGAAGAGAUUUUGUCCUCCUGCCACCCUGACUCUGUUAUUACUAUCAAAUCUUGGAUCAGUGUCACCAAAACCCGCUAUGAGGAAGUCCAGACAUGGGCACAGCAGCAAGCUGAACGAAUCCAAGCUGCCCUUUCUGCUCUGGAGGCUGAGAGAAAAGAGGUACAGGGCCUCCUGAACUGGAUCUCCUCUGCUGAAGAAUCACUGAACCUCAAAGACCAGGAACCCUUGCCUGAUGACAUAGAGCAGACAGCAGAGCUCAUCACCCAACACACAGUUUUUAUGGAUGAGUUAAAGAGUAAAGUAAUAGAAGUAGAAAAUGCCACAAAAUCCUGCAAACUCAAGCUGACUCCUAAGCAGCAGGUGUCUCCGUGCCACAAGACACCAACCAAAAGGAGAGGCCAAACAAAGUCCCAGACCUCAGUUACUUUGCCACUAGAGAGGCUGGAACCUCAGACGCCCCAGUUGUGUCAACUAAUCAGUGGGUGGCAGAAACUGUGGGUCCAGGCCCAUAGCAGACAGAGCAGACUUGAAGAGCACCAGCAGAGACUCAGAGAGGUGGAAGAGUUUGCUAACUUUGACUUCAACAUAUGGCGCAAGAGGUACAUGCAGUGGAUAAGUCACCUCAAGUCUCGGAUUUUAGAUGUUUUCCGCAGCAUCGAUCGGGAUCAGGAUGGCCGAAUCAGCCAAAAGGAGUUCAUUGACAAUGUCCUGGCGUCCACAUUCCCAACCAGCUCCUUGGAAAUGACUGCAGUUGCAAACAUCUUUGAUGUGAAUAGUGAUGGAUUCAUUGACUACUAUGAGUUUGUGAGUGCACUCCACCCAAGCCGAGAUCCCUACAGAAGAACAAUUGAUGUAGACCAGAUCAAUGAAGAGGUGAGCAGGCAGGUGUCCCAGUGCAGCUGCCCAAAGAGGUUUCAGGUGGAGCAGGUUAGCACUAACCGGUACAGGUUUGGAGAUUCUCAGCAGUUACGUAUGGUGCGUAUUUUACGAAGCACACUCAUGGUACGUGUUGGUGGUGGAUGGACAGCGCUGGAUGAAUUUCUUGUUAAGAAUGACCCUUGCAGAGUGAAAGGUCGGACAAACCUGAAGAUAAAGGAGAAGUACCUGUCACCUCAUUCUUUUGAAGCAUCUGGUUGCAGAGGAAGCAAGGGGAUGACAGUGAGCAGGUCAAACUCCAGCCUGAGUUUAUACAGCAGUGCCUCAGCUCCUAGUAGUCCCUUAUCUCGAAAGGCACUGUUACGCAGAAGUUUCUCUGGGGAACGGUGCAUUCGGCCAAGGAGCUCUAUAGCUGCAUUAGGAACAGACCAGUUCUCUCCAGCAGGAGAUGAUGAUUCUCCCUCAACCUCAGAGGAAACUGAAAGUGCGCCCACAUAAUUCUACGCUCAGCUCCCAGCAUGUAAAAGCAACAGGACUCAGGAUCCAAGUUCAGAGGCCCAGAAAGUGGUACAGGCCAAAAUGGAAGACCUUAGUUUAUUGGUCCCUCCUCUACAUAACCCUUCACACACUCACCCUGGCUGAUGGACCUUUUUUUCAUCCAAGAGCUGGUGGAUCAUGUUCCCAGUGGUACAAAGGUGUGGUGGGAAUUCUAUCCACAGUCAGAAAUUAUGCAACCUUAUUCCUUUUCACAACACAGCAUUUUGCCAGCUACUCAAAUUUGUAUUUAUAUAUUUUGCUUGUGUUGUUGUUGUUGUUUUUUUGCAAAGCAAACACAGUAUAUCCUCCUCUCUGUUCUGAGAGACUUAGUGUUAGAAUGUUCUGCAUGGGUAUUAGCUGCAUGAUGCCUCUGCUCUCCCAAAUCCCAAAUAUUUUGGCUUUAUACUAAAUAAUGUGCAUACUGAGGUCCUUUACUGUGAGGAUGUGGGCAUCAAAAAUGCAAAUGCCUUUCCUGAAAACACACAUAUGCACACAUUCACACAUAUCAGCUAUCUGUUUCAUAAUUAUUUACUCGACAACCUGCAGAUGCUGAUGCCAACCAAAACAACCAGACCUCGUUCAACUGCCUUAAGGCUUGAAUGAAUGUAUUCUCUAUUAUUAUGUAUUGUAUACUCUUGAAAAAAAAAAAAAAAAAAAAAAACCUCAAA